GUAACUGUGCCCUCUUGCCUGCGCACCGCCCCUCUCCCUCAGUCCGCAUUUGGUUCUGCAAAAGGAAUUGACGGGUGCUGUUUGGAAAAUCGGUCUGUCUUUAAGGAUUACUGAAGCCAAAAAACGAGACUUCUUGAAGACGAAAAGGUUGCUUUAUUAUUCCUAGCACUGUCUGAGACAACUUCGCAUGCUCUCCAUUGGUAGCCUAGUUAUGUAUCCUUAUCCUGGCUUUGAAAUAAGGAAAUGGAGAACUCAGUUGAUGUCUUCCUGAGUCGAUUAAACAAGGUGGACAUUACAUGGGAAGGACAUAUAGUCGUUAUUCACUAAUCAUCAUAACUGCAGUGUCCGUGCGUCAUCGAAGACAGGUUUCUGGUGGUUAUGGCAGCAAACACUCUGGAAUGAAGUGUGAAAAAUAACAUUCCAGGCGCAGGUAACUUCAAAUUGAUAUGCUGUAAAACAUCUACAUCAUGGAUGUCUUUAAAGGUGUCUUGGGCAUGGAUGUUGUAAUUAUUCGACAAGUUGAAUAGUUGGAUCGCCUACACAUUGCCAUUACGCACGAAUAUUUUCGCGUCCAAUUCUUUACAAACGUUAACAGUAUGCUAUAGUGUUUAUAUGGGUUUGUUUUCGUUAAUGAAAAGAUUAAAAUGAGCCUUUUAUUUACGCAAAUGAAUAGGCCUACACCUUCGCAUCGAUGAGGUAUAGCGAAUCCAACCAAAUCGUCUUUUGAUGGUGUGCCUGAACUUGAGAGGUUUUCUGAUACUUCAAGGGAGUCUUUUCUGUUUAAACGGAGCGUUCAUCCGUGUGAUAUUUGACAGUCUACAUAUUCCGGAGUUUACUUGCUCAGUAGAGAGCAACCUGUUUCUCAUGCCACCACUUGGAGACUGAAGGGAGCCUACCCAAGAUUUGUCCUCACAGACUCUUUUGAAUGAAAAGUAGCCUAGUCGAAGAAAAAGCUUUUCAAAUGAUUACAGGGCUCUGGUAACUUUAACGUUGUUUACCACCUAAAUUGUGUUAUGUACAGGCGUCGGAAAGCAAUGUUUUGGAGACCAACAUUUCGAACAUUCAAUACAUAUCAACAUGUAGGCUAAAUGGUUGUAAUAUUUAAUUGGAAUUAAUUACAUGCUACAGGUUGUUUUUAGUGAACAUGCAAGUUUCUGCAAUCUAUAAGGAGACAGGAGAGUGCUUAUUUUUCACUAGAUCGUUCAAGAAAUUGUAAAAAAUAUGUUACAAUAUCGUUAUGAUGUAAUUGGUAAGUGCAUUUUCUGAUUCAAAGAUAAAAAGGACAAAUCUACGUUUUGAGGGCGAAGAGGAAGGUGUUCUGUGUUGCAACAGGCAUUAAUUUACAGCAGUCAGAGAUGAAGGAAAAGUCCAAGAAUGCGGCGAAGACGAGACGAGAGAAAGAAAAUGGAGAAUUUUAUGAACUGGCGAAAUUACUGCCUUUACCUUCAGCCAUCACCUCACAACUGGAUAAGGCUUCAAUAAUUCGGCUGACAACCAGUUACUUGAAGAUGAGAGCCGUGUUUCCGGAUGGGCUGGGGGAGGCCUGGGGCCAACCUACCAGAAUCAGCCCUCUGGACAACAUGGCAAAAGAACUGGGAUCCCAUCUACUGCAGACUCUGGACGGCUUCGUAUUCGUUGUAGCUUCAGACGGCAAAAUCAUGUACAUCUCUGAGACUGCAUCAGUCCACCUCGGCCUAUCCCAGGUGGAGCUGACGGGCAACAGUAUAUUUGAGUACAUCCACCAAUCAGACCAUGAUGAGAUGACGGCCGUGCUCAGCGCCCAUCAGCCCCUCCACCAUCACUUCCUGCAAGAGUACGAAAUUGAGCGCUCUUUUUUCCUGAGGAUGAAGUGUGUAUUGGCCAAGCGUAAUGCAGGACUGACGUGUGGAGGAUAUAAGGUGAUCCACUGCAGUGGGUAUUUGAAGAUCCGUCAGUACGUGAUGGACAUGGCGCUGUUUGACUCGUGCUAUCAGAUCGUGGGUCUGGUGGCGGUGGGCCACUCCCUGCCUCCCAGUGGUAUCACAGAGAUCAAGCUCCAUAGUAACAUGUUCAUGUUCAGGGCCAGCCUGGACCUCAAGCUCAUCUUCCUGGACUCUAGGGUGGCUGAGUUGACGGGACACGAACCCCAGGACCUGAUCGAGAAGACACUAUACCACCACGUGCACGGCUGUGACGCAUUCCAUCUACGCUUCGCUCACCACCUCUUGUUGGUGAAAGGGCAGGUCACCACUAAGUACUACCGUAUGUUGUCCAAGCACGGGGGCUGGGUGUGGGUGCAGAGCUACGCCACCAUCGUCCACAACAGCCGCUCCUCCAGACCCCACUGCAUCGUCAGCGUCAACUAUGUUCUCACGGACGUAGAGUAUAAAGAUAUGCAGCUGUCUCAGGAGCAGAGUCGAGCGGCCAAAUCCAGCUUGGUCUUUAAGAGUGGCCCGGCCUCCUCUCAGGACCCCCGCAAACAACAUAAGGCCAAAGCAGUCAAGAUCAAGAGCAAACUCAAAACAGCCCCCUACCCUCAGCCCAACAUCACCUACCAUCCAGACAAGCUGGACUGCUCCCCCCAAGGAGAGGCCUGGAAGGAGAGCCCCCUGUACACCCUGACCCCCUGCCAGGGGCAGAGCUCUGGCCCCUCUGGAGGCCCAGAAGCUGAAGAGGUCCUGUUUAGCAUCAGCGCCCCGUAUGGCCUCUCCUUCCCCAACCCAUAUGGGCACCUACCCCACACGGACUCCCAGAGAAGGGUACGACCCACUCAGGGUUCCUCUUCCGCCUCGCCCUCCCCGGCUUCCCCCAGCCUGGCCGCCCGGCAGCUGCUCAGCUCCCUGCAGGAUCGAGGGGGCGAGGAGCGCUGGAGCUGUGCCAACGCCAAAAGCCAUCCCGGUCACGCCCCGAGGCGCUCUGUUGCAUCGUGUGCCAUCACCACUGCCACUGCAGCAGCGUAUUCCGGCCCUACAGCGAGCAGGGGGUACCCCCCCAGCGAACCCCUCCAUGGCGUCCUCUCCAGCUGUGCGACCCUGCGCCCUAUCCGCAGGUACAAGGAAGAGCCCUACGAGCAUCACACACUUGGCCAGAGGAAGACCACAGAGGACCGCCUGCCCUCCCAGUCACAGGCCACGAAAGAGGACAGCAAGCUGCCGUUCAACCGAGACCCCCUCCACAAGGUCUCAGAGGGAGGUGGUUGCAUAGUAGGGGAGAAGCCUUUGUCCUGUCCUCUGCUGAGUAGCUCUGUGCUGGAGAAGGCGAGCUAUAAGCAGUCCGGGUCUCUCCACGGCCUGGGCCAGCCCUUCCCCAUGCAGGUGGUGCUGGAGCAGCACAGGAGGCUGUGUAUGAUGGAGUCCCCCUACAGCCACAGUGCCACUGGCCCCUUGGAGCACACGGACAGCAAUUGGGAGCGGAGGACCCCCAAGCUGCUGGAGCCUGAGGCGGGGGAGAGGAGGAUGUGGAUGGGGGUUGGAGUUGAAGUUGGGGUUGGGAUGGGGGUGGGAGUUGAAGUUGGGGUUGGGAUGGGGGUGGGAGUUGGGGCAGGCCUGCCGGCCCAGGCUCCGUACAUGUCUUUGAACCUCCACCACGUCUUGGCCAAACACAGCUCCUUCCAGGCCCCGCCCUACGCUGCCCUCGGCCAUUUGUCGGACAGCUACAGUUACCGUGGUGAUGAAAUGGGUUCUUAUGGCUACAAGAACCAAAGCCCCGCCUCUGGCUCCUCCCCUGAGACCCACAGGGAGAUCCCUCAUUACAUCGGCACGUCCGUCAUCAUCACCAAUGAGAGGUGACACGGCCUGGGAUUGAAGGUCAAGAAGGGACAGACACUCUUAGACUUCAGCCUUUUUGGUCAGAAACAGACCAUGACCAAAAGCUGUAUCAGUGACUAUUUUACUGUGUCAGACAUAAGUCGAGUCACUUUCUGGGGACCCCCAUUUCUGUUUUUCCCGAUGCUUUCUACACAGAUAAACCAACGUCAGACUUCUGUAAGGAGCAGCCAGGAAUUUCAGGUUUCUUGAAUACAUUAUAUUUUUGGCAUACAGUUUAGCCAAUAGCAUAUGUAAUGCAUUGCCACAUUCUAGUUCAAAGCCAUUUCUUUUGAUAAGACCUCAAUCACCUUUGAGCCAUACAGUACAUCAUUUGAGGUACAAAUUGCCUGUGAAGAAUACACCCCUCUAAUGUUGUAACUCAUAGAGGUACCUAUCCUACAGACCUGAACAAGAAGAGACUAUAGAAUGUAGCAUGAGUUCAACCCAAUUCGCAAGCUAGUUCAAGUGCAAACUGUUUCCAAUGCUCGUAUAAAUUAUGCCAACAGAAAAAUUACAGUUGCAAAAGUAUUGAACGUGGACAAUGUCUUGCACACAGUAAUGAGGGAAAAUAUCAUUCAUCCUCUUUUGAAGUUGGAAUUAAUUUGGUAUAUUCUACCCAUGGCAGAGAUUGGAAAGUAAUGUGUUUAUUUAUUAUUGUGCAACACAUGCAGCUUGCUUAUUUAUGAAGGAAACUAGGGUCUAACAAGUAUAAUGAAAAAAAAAAUACUGCAUUGGGGGAAAUGAAAUGAAAUAAAACAAGGUAGUUUGCUUUCAUUCUGAAUAAACAAUUCAAAUGAAAUGUCAUGCCAGACAGUCAUUGUCCAUUUCUAUUUUCAGCUCUUCUUUAUUCCUCAGAAUGCAUUGUGAAUAUCAUCUGGUUAUUGAAGAGGUCUGUGGUCAUUGCUAUGAUAUCAAUCACGUCAAAUGUCCAAAUAUGGAGCACUUUUAUAUAAUAGUUACAUAUAACCUUCUUACUUUCUUUCUAUGAGGUCAUCUUGAAGUACACCUUACGUCCGUUCUCCUGCCUGUAUCCCAUCAACCUGGUAAAAUGGGACAUACAAAUAUAUGUAUGUGGGAGUGUGUAACUGUCCAUCCACUGUGGUCUUCUGUAUCCAUACACCACUCCACAUUCCCCUUAGGACACAUAUAGACAGUCAGGGAGUUAUUUGGACAAGCCCGUCACACAUCCAGGGGUUCACAUCUACACAGUCCGAUGACAGCCAAGGACCACUGGAGACACUCCAUGUUAACACCUAAACUCAAACACAAAUCAGCAGAAGCUCUGAAAGUACUAGGCACUUCCAUAAAAACGGUAUUAUUCUCAUAUCAGUGUUAUGUACAGUAUAUCAACAAUGGUCCCAUUUAUUUCUAAAGCAACCUAAA